UUGAACACGGCACAAUCGGUGCUGUGAACUGUUUUUUGGUUAUUAAACCAGAAGUCAAAAUGCAGCUUGCGCUUGUACUUGCGUUUGUUGCUGUUGUCGCCGCAGCACCUCCAGACGAUAACUUCACCCGAUACAAGCACAUUAACUUCAAUGAAGUUGUUGGUAAUAAGGAUCUAUUGAAACCAUACGUUGACUGCUUUGUUGGCACAGGAACAUGUACCGUUGAAGCUAGCGAAAUCAAAGUGAAGAUCGCGCAUGCUGUGCAGGAGAGCUGCGGGAGAUGCUCUGAAAAACAAAAGGAUCUCGUAUCAAAGAUGAUGAAUGCCAUGAAAACAGAAUUCCCUGAAGAGUGGGCUAAAAUGGACAAAAUAUACAACCCAGAUGGCAAAUUCGGUACAUCCGUUAAUGAAUUCAUGCAAAAAUAUGGACAUUGAUUAAUUUAUAUAUGUAUUACUAAUCUGCUACUUUAAUAUUUCCGAUAUUGUCGAGCACAGGAACGAUACUUAAAAUAUUAUA